UAAUAGAAACCGGACUUAGCCGCGCGGGCCAUCCUCCGGGGCCGGGGCGCCGGGCGUGAGGGACCCAGCUUUGUUGCGAGGAGCGUCGCGCGUGCUCGCGACAUAGCUGGGGCCGCAUACGGGAGUGCGCUCCGCGGCGUUUGUGUCGGAACCGCGGCCAUUUGCUGUCCGGGCAGCCGUGAGGGACCCAGUUGUGUAAAUACAGUGCACAGAAUUCGGCCCCCCACUUAAGAACGCUGCGUCGCCGAGUUGAGUAUCGGGUUUGCGCGAGCACCGGUGUGUGGCCGCGUGGCCCCAUAAAAGGGACCCAGAAUUAUGAAUAGCAAUUAAGAGGCAGCGUGCGCAUCAGGAACCGGCGAGACUGCAAAGUGGUGGCUGUCAGCUCGGUCGCGCUGCGAGGUCGUCACAGGCCGAACUUGCACUGACUGAAAACGUUUGGAUGAAAACGAGGUUCUUCGGGGAAGUGUAUACUUGCGCGGGUGCGCAGGGACGCACCAUUGCGUCAGCCAGUUUGAGUGCAGGGCCCAGGCGAGUCCGCACGCCCCUGAAUCUAACGACUGUAAUCGUCAUUGUCUCGCAGAGCAAUACUCAAACGCACUUUCGUCACCAACUUACAAAAAGGGUCUCGUAGCGGCCCAACCAAAAAAAGCGAUAGGGCGCUUUAUUCUGACCGGCAGCGCGUCACAACAGCAAGCAAGUAGUAUACCGGUGUAGCAGGCAGAGAAUGGGCAAGAAAGUGUAUGGAGCGAAAGGGAAGAACGGCGGAAAGCAUGCGGCUGAGGCAAAGUCACCAGGCUGCGGUUGCGUGGUGCAGCCAGCCCCGCAGCUGCUGCGGGCCAUGGUGAACCCGCGCGCUCUGCGCACCAGCAAGGUGCCUCGCUGUGUACCAACUGGCGGGGCAUUGGGCGAGCGGACAUGCGGGGCCUGGAGCAGCAACACGGUGAACGGCGAGUCGCUGCCUCCAGUGCAGCGACCUGCACCGGCGGCUGUCAAGGCGCAGCAGGCCGUGCUGGCCAAGAUGCGAGCACAGCUGUGGCGCCGGGCGCACCCAUCCGCUGUCCACCAGCAGAACCUCAGCGUCAUCAACGCCUGGUCGGAGCAAGUGGCCACGAUGCCAGUCGUGGAUGCUACCUUUGGCUUUGAGCCGGCGGAGGCACCGGCGGAGGCACCGGUGGUGGCGGCGGAGGAGGUGGUGUUGGUGGAGGAGGAUGUAGUGCUGGAGGUGGCGGCGGCCGAUGUGCAGGCAGCAGAGGAGGCGCGCUGGCGGCCCCCCCCUCCUGUCCCCGCCAACAGCCGGUGGGGUGGCCGCUUCGACGUGCUAGGGCGUCUGCAGGGCAGCGGCGACUGGGCGGACCUGGGCAUUGUUGAGCAGCAGGACACGGCAGUGGGUGCGAGCGCGGACUCAGGCACGGGGCUGGAGGCGGAAGCGGAUGUGGAUGACAAGGCUGCAGUGGGCGGCAAGGCAGAUGCCAUGGCCGAGGACAUCGCGCUGCCAGGUCGCACGGCCGCCAAGGCAGUUAAGCUGCCAUACAACCUGCGGAAGCCGCUCCACAAGCAGCGCGACCUGCAGUGCCGUGCACGGGAGAAGAAGCGGCUGCUCAAGCAGCCGCUGGAGCAGUGGGAGAUGGACGCAUGCCAGUCAGGCCGGCCUGGACAGCAGAAGCAGGAGAAGCAGCCGCAGCACCAGAAGCAGCGGCGGCAACAGCAGGCAGCCGGGGAGGGCAAGGGUGAGGCGGCCAAGUCAGUGCAGGACCGGCAGCACAUCAAGCGGCUUGCGCGGCGGCUCUACCACCGGGUUGCACUCAAGCAGACGGCUGCGGCACGUGCUGCCAGCGAGGCGCAACGGGCGAAGAUGCGGGCGGUGCAGGCAGACAUGGCGCGCGCACGCGCACAGGCAGAGGCACUGCUUGACUCAGCCCGUAAGCAUGGAUGGCUGAGUCCCUGGCGUGACUACAGCGUCCGCACCAAGGCCAGCGGCAUGUAUGUGUUAGAGGAACUCACCGCCGUCAUGCUGGAGGUGUGCCCAUUCUUGGCAAGGGAGCUGCAUCAUUAUUGCCUGGUGAAUCGCGUGCAGCUCCUGCGCGCAAGUGGCACUGCUUGUGGUGGGGACAGGAGUGUAGGCAGGGAAGGGGGUCUAAGGUUGCGGCGUACCAAAUGCUAAGAGGCUGCUGCCGGGUGAUCAUGUGGGGGUUACUAUAGGUAAUGUUGGAGCCUUCAUUGCUCCCAGCAACAUGUCCAUGCGAACAUUUUGUGAUACAGCUGCAAAUUAUGGGGCAUAUCGAACACCAUGUGCACCCACUGCCUUUCUCAGCCUUGCUGGGUGUGGCGUGCAUUGGUGUGGCAUUGGCCAUCCCUACCCCAACCCCAACCCAGCCCAUGGCCACAAUCCCGCCGGGAAUGUGCAUGAAUCUAUGUCCACAUAAUAAUAAUAAUUCAAACGCCGGCCCAUGGGGCCUGGCGUGGAUUAUCGGGGUAAGGUGGCUAGGGCGAGGAGGCCCGUCCCCCUCGCGCUGCCACCUCACCACGCACUCCGAGGAGGUGUGGGGGAGCCGUGGCUCACCCGCCUCUCGGUUUGAGUUCCUGCUCGGUUACUCGGCGCAUUUUGAUAAUGCCGCCCGCACUGUUCACAGCGUGUGUGUGGAGCCUCUCUCCGCAUACUCGUGCGGCUGUGUGGGUCACCCCAAGUUGAGAGGUGAGCAGCUUAGUGAGGUUGCAAGGGAUGGCCCCAGUCACUCCGAGCGCAAGGCAUUCAUUGGUGGAGUAGUGGACCGUCCAUCCGGCCGCUUCCAGCAGUCGCUUGAGUUCUUGGUGUUGUUGAGAUUUUUCUUCCCGCUUGUCCAAAUGGCGGACGUCAGAGCUGUAACCGAUUUCAAGGAUAUAGAUGGGCAGCCGUGCUUUGUUCAGGGGCGGGCGGUACCCUUCUCUAUGUGUUUCAUGGGCGGGCAGGUUUGGGAUGAACAGAAUGUCAGGUCUGAGCCUUGUAAUAAGGGGUGAUG